AUCUUGCAUGUGAAAGUGCAGUCAGCAUAUGUGUCCUUGAGAUGAGAUCGCUUCAUGUCUGGUAUUUCGGUGUCCUGAACUAGUUUGCUACACUUCCGAGGCAAUUUGCUUCCCUUCCACGGUCAAGGAGAAAUUCUCCACCACGACUAGGAUAUGCUCGGACAAGCAAGAAACCCUGAGAAGCUAGUUUCUCAAUAUCCCCGACCUGCCUGAGGCCCGGCGUGACUUCAGAUCUCACCAUCAUGGACAAUGCUGUGGUUGCAGACGUGUUCGGCACGCUGGGUGCAGUCUUCUGGUCCAUACAGCUGCUGCCUCAAAUCUGGCUCAACUAUCGCCGUCACAAUGCCAUCGGUCUUCAGCCCUCGAUGAUGAUGCUGUGGGCAUGGGCAGGGGUACCGCUUGGAGUGUACAACGUCGCACGAGAUCUCAGCAUACCGCUGCAGAUACAGCCCCAGAUCUUGAGUUUGCUCAGUCUGCUGACUUGGAUCCAGUGCUACUACUAUGAGCACAAGUGGUCUUUGUGGAAGGCGGCAGGCGUAGUUGUGCCGGUUGCGGCACUGAUGGGUGGCAUCGAGGUCGGGCUCGUCUUCGCCAUGAGACAUGCCGAAAGAAGAGGAAUGGAGUGGCCGCUGACAUUGAUGGCCGUACUCGCUGCGCUACUUCUGGCUCUUGGGGUCUUGAGGCAUUACUGGGACAUAUAUGUGCAUCGGACAGUUCGCGGCAUCUCUUUCCUCUUCGUCGGUCUCGAUGCGGCAGGAGACUUGGUAUCUAUCAUCUCCGUUGCUUUUGAGCGACAUCUGGACAUCCUGGGCCUUGUCAUAUAUGGCGUCGAAUUGGCAUUAUGGGUUGGAAUCUUCGCCGCAGGUGGAUACUACAAUUUGUUGCCAUGUUUGAAACAGCGUUGGAUGAGACCGGCCAUCAGCACAUCUUCGAUGCCCGAUAACAAUAUAUCACCUGCCCGGGCUCCUUCAACGGCCAUUGCGCUGCAUGACUUGCCAUCUUCCACAUCCGUGUUCCGAACGCCGUCUUCGGAUAUACAGCAUCGCGUAAGCCAUCCCGCCAUGGUCGAAGCUUGAAGAGGGAUCCUCUCGAAUGUUGAGCAAUGAACCAAUCUUGCCGUGCAAGAUGCACGGGCAAAAAUUAUUUCAAGCAGAUGCAUGUGCUCAGUGAAGCAUCAUUCACAGACAUUGUGCUUCUUUCACGUGUUGUGGACUCGGAACAAGCAAUCACUGCAUCGAGGUCGAGCACAUGGUAUGAGUCUUGUGGGCUCAACCCAGGGGCUCCUGAGAUGUUGAACUCGGUCCUCGUGCUGCUUGCAGAGGCCCCUUGGUAACGGGUGCACUUUAGUGUGUAGCAUGUGAAAGAUGAGGUGAAGGAUGGAGUGGUGAAGUUCUGGCUACUGCAGCAGCGGCAACGUUCUUGCCAAAUGCACAAACACUUGCAAACUUCACAUCAACUUCUGCAUUAGCGCGCUCACGAAACUCACCCGCGCCGUUGAAGGU